UAGCUCGCGUUGACCUGAUAUGCUCUGUUCUGUAUCAUUGCGUCGCGUUAAUAAAUAAGUUUUCGCCACUUUUUUGUAUAUUCUGCAUCAGUGCUUUUCCAGCAGAGUAACAAUGGCAUAACGACUGUUUUAUGGAUGUUAUAAACGAUAGAUUUUUUUCCAUGGAGAAACGUGGUGAAAAACGUUGUGCGGUGUAACGCUUAGUGAACUAUUUUAUGUUGCUCUUGUUUUGACUGAAGUGAAUGAACCGCAUGUGAAAUUUCACUGCGACUGCAGUGCACCGCAUACCAGUUUGUAGAACUAUAAUGCUAAACCCCAACCGAAACGUUCCUGGAUUGUGAAUGGAAAUUGUUGUAACUUGAAGAGAGUGAUUUCGCUCGUGGUUCGUCACGAAUGUCGAAGUUGUAUUCGUGUUGAAAGACUUGUUUGAACAGCAAGCAAUUUUCAAGUGAGAAAACGUGUGAGAAAAUAGACGAACACUGUUUAAAACUUCACGAGCAAGUAUUCGAUCUGAUCUCUGUUUCCAUCUAUUCACCUACAUCGAUGUGGUAGUCUUAUUUCCAAAAAUAAAACAGAAUAUGAAUAUCGUUUUCGGUAAAAUGGUUAGUGAGUGCUGCUGAAGAUUUUUCUCCGCUGGGUGAUGCUGAACAGCUUUGUUUUGAAAGUGUGUGCGAUUGGCAAGUUGAACGAAUGGAAAUAAGUACAAAUUGUUUAUUUUCCUAAAGUGUUUUGACUUGCAGUAAACAAAACGAACCUGAUUAGCGGCUAUAAAGUGCAGUUAACUUGCACCAUCAGUGAGAAUCCUGCCCAGCGAUGUCAACCCGUCGCGCAGGACCUAUUCAAGGUCAAUCGAUGCCCGCCCAGAUAUCGUUACCGUACGAAAAUGAGAAGAAGCAACGCAGCAAAUGUAUGUCCUUCGUGUGCUUCAUGUGGAAAGUGUUCACGUGUAUUUUUUCCCACGUGACGCUCGUAGCCAUGGUUGUCGCAUACUGCUUCCUGGGUGCAUUCACGUUUGAGCAUCUCGAGGCGGAGAACGAGCGAAAUGUUAAAAAAGGCAUCAGCUCUAUUCGCGUUAACCUCACAGACGCAAUAUGGAAGAUGACCAAUGAUAAACCGGUAUUGCAUCAGCAUAAUUGGACCGAGGCUGCGGUGCUUCAUUUACAGUCCUUUGAAAAAGAAAUUCUAACCGCAAUGAAGAAAGAUGGUUGGGACGGCAUCGAAGAUGUCGAUCAAAUUCAGUGGACAUUCUUCGGGGCGUUGUUUUAUUCGAUUAUAGUAAUAACAACGAUCGGCUAUGGACACAUUGCACCAAAAACACACAUGGGCAAAAUAUCGACGAUAUUUUACGCGAUUCUGGGAAUUCCGCUGAUGCUGCUCUGCUUAUCUAAUAUAGGCGACAUCAUGGCGAGCUCGUUUCGGUUCCUAUAUUGGCGGGUUUGCUGCUACGUUUGCACUCGUGAACCAAAGCGCUCCAAUUCCAGACGCAGUAGAACCAGCCGGGGUACAAUCAGACAAGGACGAAGCUCGAUGCGGUCGCAACCGGCAGGCACUAGUAUUCGGCGCUCAGUGAGAAAUUCACAGCGGUCGGCCGAUUCUGGUUUCGAUCCCUAUUAUGAUCACGGUAUGGGUCACGCAUACUCCGACACUGAUUGCAGAUACAAUGAUCCUGGAUAUUAUUCACCGGGGGAUAGAGGCAUGCAACGCCACGUAAAUGAGCCACCUCCUCGAUACAGUGGGCACAGUUCGGCCGGGAGGGACCGCUUCCAGGAUAGAAUGCAAAUUGAACGUGAACGUGUCUACCAAGAGCGAAACAACGGCUAUGGUGAUGAAGAAUUUAAUGCCACACCGCAGCAAAUGAAACGACAGGUACGCUCUGGAUCAAUGGGACGGGAAUUGAGACCACCGCCACCAAGAGGGUCACAACACUCUCGGAAUUCCAAUGAUGGCUAUCCGGCAGGAUACCGGACGAAUAUGGCGAAAACUCCAGCAGCGCGAGCUCAGUCCCUAGAUCGGCGUAUGUUUCGCCGUGAUCCCCAAAUGGUGGACUUCGAUGAGGAAGGUGUGCCUGGAAAGACGCCAAUUCUGUGCAAUAAAUACGCGCUGGACGACAUGGAGGAACGUGAAAGUCAAGCAGGCAUGAGGACGGGGCGUGCUGAUAGUCAUUCUCCGACAAAUCCUAGGAGUCAAUCAAUGCCCCGGCAAUCCCGAUACGGCGAUCGUCUUAUGCCAGAUCGAUUGCCAUAUUACAACGAGGACAACGAGAUGGAAUUGCAAAAUGUGCGUAAACCUCCGCCAACCGGGAGACGUCGUGAACUCCGGCCUGUGCCAUCGCCAUCGCCACGUAUAAUGUCACCGAUGGGAUUUGCGGUCCACCGACAGGCACGUCAUCUGCAGAACGUCAUCGACGAUGGUUCGCUUUACGACGACGAUUGGGACGUUCGAAGCGGGGAGCUGCCGCCUUCCUCAAUUGUCCGGCCAGUGCCCAUUUGGCUGUGCGUCUUUUUGGUUGUUAGCUACAUUAUUGCGGGCGCUUUCAUGUUCUCCAAGUGGGAGGAAUGGUCCUUCCUUGAUUCUGCCUAUUUCUGUUUCAUCACGUUAACCACCAUCGGAUUUGGUGAUUUCGUCCCAGCGCAGGGAGUGAAGAACGAUUCAGAAGUUUCCAUCGCAUUGUGUUCGCUAUAUUUACUCUUCGGAAUCGCGCUGUUGGCGAUGAGCUUUAAUCUGGUGCAGGAGGAAGUUAUCUCCAACGUAAAAAGUGUCGCCCGGAGGCUUGGCAUUUUGAAGGAGGAAGAGAUGGACGAUUGAGAUUUUUUUCCUCCUAAUCUGGAAGGCAGCGAGCCAAACUUCGUUUUUUUUUGUAUCACGGAUGCAAUUGUUUUCCUUCCGUGUUUGUUACUUUUCCGGCGAUAAACAUCAAAUAUGUUCAGCAAACUGUCAU